GAGAUGUAUGUAGUCCUUGCACAUGAUUUGUUUAAGGCAUGCCCUUAGAUUCUGUGUCUGCGGCGGACUCUCUCUCUCUAUCUCUACCUGUUACGGGUAUAAACUGUCAUACUGAGAACUGAGUCUGACUCAGAAUAUCCGUUUGGAAGAAUCUCUGUGACUCAUUCUCAUGUGUUAAGUACCCACCAUGAAAUCAACAGGCAGAAUUCUCCGACGAGCCUUCUCUAAAGUCAAUCACAGCAAACGAGUUUACUAUUCUUCGGCGCCGGAGACUGUAGUUAGCAGUGCAGAAGGAAUCAAAGUCAACAACAACUUUUAUGAUGAUGAUUUCCCUGAGUACGACCCAACUCCAUAUGAUGGUGGCUUAGAUCUUGUUCUCACCUACGGCAAACCCCUCCCGGCAUCAGACGCCACCUGCUAUCCUCCGUCGCUACAGGACCCGAAUUCAUCGACUCUGAAGGGAUUCUCUUAUGGGUCCAUACCUUCACCUUACGGGAAAGAGGGGGCUGAUCAUGGGCCGCCACGGAGUGGCCAGGUGCUUCCUCGGUCAUCUGAUGGAGAAAAGCCGCUCUCUGAUGCUGGCAGUGGGAAUUCACCUAACAAUCCCAAACCCAACAAUGGUAAUGGUAGUUGGGAAGGUGGUAUCUUCUCUCAUGGCAUUGGCGGUAACUAUGGAUGUGGUCACAGCAACAACAAUGAGCCUGUGGUCCCAUAUCAAGGUGAAGAAGAGAGCUACGGUUGGGAAAUUCAAGCUGUGGAUGAUUACCGUCCGAAUUAUGCAGAGCCUUGUGUAAAUCCAAAUCCAUUCUAUAGCUGGCUUUUUGCAUCUCAAGAAGAUGAGAACAACUACCAUCCAUGUGAUGCCAAUAACCAAAACUCUGGAAAUCAUAGGAAUGGGAUGGUAGAAUAUUUGUUUGGGUAUUUGAAUCCUAAUGAUGAAAGUAGAGACAAGAUUCAAAGUUAUGGAAAUCCUACCUAUGUCUAUGAAAAGCAUAGACCUGAGGAGGCCCAUUACGGGCAGGACGACUAUAGUGCACUGUUGUUGUUUCAGGAACCUGUAUGCUAUGAAGAUCACCAGGAAGAAGAGAGGUUUCAGGAACCAAUAUACUAUGAAGAUUACCAGGAAGAAGAGCAUACUCACUCAAAAUAUGUGAGUAGCCAACAGGAACCAAUAUACUACAAAGAUUACCAGGAAGAAAAACAGUUUCAGGGACCAAUAUACUAUGAAGAUUACCAGGGAGAAGAGCAUACUCAGUCAAAAUAUGUGAGUAGUCAACAUGAACCAAUAUACUACGAAGAUUACCAGGAAGAAAAGCGGUUUCAGGAACCAAUAUACUACGAAGAUUACCAGGAAGAAAAGCGGUUUCAGGAACCAAUAUACUACGAAGAUUACCAGGAAGAAGAGCAUACUCAGUCAAAAUAUCAGGUUAGUCAUUAUGAAAGGCACAGCCAUGAGCAGCAUCACUAUGGGCAGGAUGAGUAUUCUAAUGAGCUGUGGUUUCAGAAACCAAGCUACUACAAACCUUACUAGGAAGAAGUGUAUACUGGCCCAAAAUACGGUGAUGACUCCUACUGACAAAAUCGCGGGGAUUUUCAUUACCAAUGGCAUGAAUAUUUCAACCAUGACGAAUGAUCUCCACCACCUUGAUUUCACACGAUGCCCAAUCCAGCAUAUAGAUAAUAAACCUGAAAGUUCUGUGCUUUCACUGAAGCAGUUUGAUAUAUGUAAAAUACAUAAGAAAUGGUCACUUGGCAGAUUUGAUGAUCUGUGUAAUCAAUAAUUACUCAUGCAUAUUCUUCA